GCAACUCUCCAUUUGAGGAAAGCACCGCCGCAUUGAUUCUUUGACCGAUACUUUGGUGACUAAUUCAUGUAGCACGUCUCUCCCUUGGGCGCCCCCUCGAAAGGAGCCCAGGAGCAGCUGUUCCCCCGUUUGGCGCGCAGAGUGACGCGCAUAGGAAACGCGUUCAUGUGGCACAUCUUAGGGGAUAAGGACGCUUGGAAAAAAUGAGUUCCUUCUGGAGCUUCAUCAAAUCGAAGAAGAAUGAUGACGAGCCCAAGCCGACCGUGGCCCACCUGGGGGAGGAGAACAAAUUUUAUUUCAACAAGGAGCUGAAGCGAUGGGUGAUAAGGGGUGAAGAAGACAAGGUGGAGAGUGAGGAGAAGGUGACUGCGCCCCCCAAAAUGAGCUCUUUGCAAAACGCCAACCAGGGCUACCGCUCCCUCAUGCAGCAGAACAAAACGAGGAGUGCCCGCACCAUCUACGCAGAAAUCCCCGGGUUAAAAACGAUAAAGAAGAAGAGCAUGCAGGUGCAAGGGGGAAUUGUAUCCCCCUAUAUGAUGGACUCAGCCAAAAACGAAUUGAGUAGCAACACGACAGAUGAAAAUCGAUCGGAGCCAUUUGGCUCCAACAUGUUCAUACCUAGUGUGAAGGUUCAAGAGAAAACUCACGUAGGAGGGAAGUCCCCCCCUCUGGCCAAAAAUGCAGGUGACGCUGAAUUGGAGGAUCACCCCAAAUUGGGGGCCAAAGAGGAGGGGGAAAUCAUUAAAGGCACUGCGGAUCAGAAGAGUGCUAUUGAAACGGGUGUAAAUGAUAAAGCGGCAGAAGCUCUCCCCAGUGGGGGUGGACUAAUGAAAAGGGAUAGUGCUGACCUGCUGAAGCAACUGAAUGGAAAGGAUUCAAAACAGGAGAGUAACUUACGUAGUGCAGAAAAAAGCCUGUUCAUCCCAAAGACCCACAUGAGCAGCGAAUCUGUGGGUAACCUCCCCAGGGAGAGCCUCCCAAAUUCGAAUAGGAGCAACGACAGGGGAGGACCCAUGCAAGAGAGUUACGUGGGAAUUGGAGCGUCUAGUGAAAGCAUCCCCAAGGGUCUCGAACUGAAAGGAAGCUUCGACAGUUUUAACCGCCCAAGUGGGGUUAACAUACCACCCAAGGAGGUGCGAAGUGAUCAUACGGUUAACUCGAUUAAGAGGGAGGACCAAAGCAGCAGUUUUUAUGGCGACACGGGUUUAGGGUUUAGUGAAGGAAAGGGAGUUCCUCCGCUAAGCGGUCUACCUCCGCCUAGCGGGACACCUCCACUGAGUAGGGGACCUCCACCGGUGGCCCCCCCCACGGGAGGCCCCCCUCCAGGAGGUGCUGUCAAGCCGGUUUACUUUGAACGGCUGGAGCGCGGGGGCGCAAAAUUCGCGACCAUGCCGAAUGGCACCUACAACGGGCGCGCAAUGGAAGGCUCCCAAACGAGAGCCCCCCCUGUUAUGGGAGCAAAUGGGAGGAUGGACUCCUGGACGAAGAGCAACGAUGACAUCUCGAGGAGUAUCCCAGUUAGACCUCCCCCCCCUAGUAUGUUCCCAACCAAAACGAUGGCAGAAGGGGUGAGCGAACAAAAGGAGAAGGCCCUUCCGAUGAGCGGCAACUACCCAGGAGGCUUCCUCCCCCAGAAGGAAAAGGAGCUAAUCGAGCAUAUUCUAAGUGCACUGAAAAAGGGAUUAACAAAAGAGGACGAAGCUUUUAAGGGCCGGCUAAAGUUAGAAGCGGAGAAACUUCACCUGGCUGCAGAGAAGGAGAGCGCGUUGGACGCUCUGUAUAGGAAAAUGAGCCAGUUGAAAAGCAUAAAAGAGGAGAGCGAAGGUGCAGAAGUGGUAACCGCGUCGCAGUUAGACGAGGAGGGUAGCGCCACCCAAGGGGGAGAAGCCGAGGGGGAGGAGGAACAGUCCGAAGUGCACAACAUGCUACACCUAAUCAACAGUAAAAAUAAGAAAAUCAAAAGAGAGGUGGAAACGUUUGCUCAUUUUUGCAACGAAUUGAGAAGGGCGAAAGCGAAAAACGAAGAAACCAUUCGGUUGUACAAAAAAAGGGAAAAAAAAAACCUAGAAAUUCUAAGGGAGAUGGAGGAAAAGGAGAGAAGGAGGAGCGCCUCUUUUAAAAAGAAGGAGAAGCAAUACCAAGAGGAGAUCUUAGAGGGAAAAAGGAACCUCCAGCUGGAAAUUAUGAAUCGUGAGGAGGAGUUGCAGCGAGCGACGCGGGAGCGGGAAGCGUCUCUAAAGGUGAAGGAAGAGGAGUUGGAGAGAGCGAUGAGGGAGAAGGAGGCCGCGCUGAAGGAGGAGCUGAAGAAAGUCGAGUCCGAAGCGGAGAGAAAGGUAGCUGUGCUGGAGGAGGAACUCGAAACGAGGAGGGCCCAGGAGAUGGAGCAGCUGGGCGGCGAGCAGAGGGAAGUGACGAGGGGGGAGUUGCGGGCAGAACUCAGAAAUGAAGUGGUGGCCGAGUUGCGAGGCGAACUGAAGGGUGAAGUGAUGGAAGAGCUGCGGGGAGAACUCAGAAAUGAAGUGGUGACCGAGUUGCGAGGCGAACUGAAGGAUGGAGUGAUAACCGACCUACGAACCGAACUGAAGGAGGAAGUGGCGGCCGAGCUGCGCACCCAACUGAAGGACGAAGCGGCGGGCGACCUGGAGAAGGCGAAGAAACUCGCGGAAGACAACUUCAACAGCAAGCUGGAAAAGUACAAAGAAAAAAUGGAGGAAAAUAAAAACGACUUCAUUAAGAAUCUUAUUGUUGAGAAGAACGGAGAGGUAGAAGCUCUGCGGUGCCAGCUGGAGAAGAUGAAAGACGAGGAGAUCUGCCAGCUGAGGGAGGAACAGCAGAGGGCGCUGAACGAAAACAUGGAGCAGAUGCGGCAGAGCCUCCUGGAGGGUGAGAAGCAGCACCAGCAGCACUUGGAGGAGGUCAAGCGGGAGUGCGAGUUGGAGAAGAGCAGGGAGAUAGAGGUGCUGCGCGGUGAGGUGAGUCGGAGGGAGGAGGAAUUGGAGAAGCAGCUGAGCGAGGAGCACGAGGAGAGGCUGGCCCAGGUGGAGAAGCAGCUGAGUGAGGAGCACGAGGAGAGGCUGGCCCAGGUGGAGAAGCAGCUGAGUGAGGAGCACGAGGAGAAGUUCUCCCAAAUGGAAAGCUCAUACAAGGAGAAGUUGGCUCAGAUGGAAAGCUCCCACGAGGAGAAGCUCGCCCAGGUAGAGAACUCCCACGAGGAGAGACUCACCCAGGUGGAAAACUCCCACGAGGAGAAACUCGCCCAACUGCGCAGAGAGAUCAACCAGAUGGCGAAGGAGAAGAGGCACCUCGAGCUGAACAUUGCCUUGCUGAAGGAGGAAAAGGAAAACGCCAUAAACAGGAGCCAAAACCUGGAAGACAACCUACGGAAUAGCGAAGAAAUACACAACCGAAGAGUGAACCUGCUCCAGGAGCAAAAAGACAAACUAGAAAAAGAGAUAAAAGAAGUCAUAGAAAACAGGAGAAAAGAAUCCGAACAAAUUAGAGAAAAGUUCGGAGACCUCCUACAAGCAGAAAUUAAUAGAAUCAAAAAAGAGUCCGAGCAGAAGGUCCACACGUAUGUGAAGCAGUAUGAAGAAAUGAGCGAGGAGUACGAGACGAAGAAGAAAGAAUUUAGCGACUUACUAGAAAAGGCAAACAGUAACAAUAAAAAUUUGAACAAAAAAUAUGAAGAGAAUAUCAUCAAAAUAAAUGAGUAUGAAGGAAUGAUUAAGAUGCUGGAGAAUCAGACAGAAGAAUUGGUGAGAAAGAAAAUUGAAGAACUGAAUGACGAAUUUGAAAAGAAGAAAGAAAUCUUCGAAAAGGAGAAAAAAGAUUUGCUGCAAAAUUGCAUGCAACUGGAAGAGAGCCACAAGAAAAUGAAGCAACAGCUGGAGGAAGAAAUCAAUUUGGCUAUGCAGGAAAAUGAACAGAACAUCGUCCGCAUUACCAAUACGUACGAGUCCAGGGUGCACGAGAUGGAGAGGCGCUGCGAGCUGCUCAUGAGUCAGUGCAGCGAGCUCAAGAUGAGGAACGACGAGAUGAUGGAGGGCUUCUGCCGGGAGAAGGCGCAGCGCGAGCGCAGCAUGGAGCGGUUGAGCAGCGUCAACGAUGAGCUGACUACGAAGAAUGACCAGUUGGCUACUAAGAAUGACCAACUGGUUACUCAGAAUGACCAGCUAGCCACCCAGAACGACCAGCUAACUUUUAAGAAUGACCAGCUGAGCGACAACCUGAACGAAGUCAAGCACGAACUGACCUCCCUGCAAGGCAAGUACGAGCAGGUGGCCAGCCAAAACGCCCACCUGAAGAGCAGCGAGAAGGAGCAAAGGAAACUCAGCCACAGAUUGAGCGACCUGGAAACAAUAAAUAGGGACUUGAUUCGAGUUACAGAAAAGGAGAGAGAAUUAAACAUAAAAAAUGUGAGCAUUAUAAAAUCUUUGCAAGCACAAAUAAAGGAACAAACGAGCUUAUACAAGGAAUACACAGAUGAAUUGAAAGAUGAAAUAGAGAAGCUAAAGCGAGUGACUGAGUCUGAAUCUAAUUUGAGUCUCUCGCAGUUAUUUAACGAAAACAAAAAAUUGAAAUUGCAAAAUGAGGAGAUAGCUACGAAAAGCGAGACCAUGUCCGCGGCCCUCGACAGCUUGACCAAGCGACUCAGCUUCAUCGAGGCCAGCAUUCGGGACCAGGACUAUGGCCAGGAGGUCAUCCGCCGCGCGGACGAGUUGCACUGA